UAGAAGCAUGAAAAUUAAGGAACAUUUUCAAAAUACACCCCAGAGUGUAGAUACACUUGACCCCUUACAUAAAUGCAGGAAACCCAGCACAUUUGAGCCUCACAACUGCAGUGCAAGCACUAAGACAUAUGUGAGGUUAGUCACUCAGGACAUGGAACAGGAAAGGACUACUAAAACAUGGAAACACAACUUAACCAGUAUUGAAAAAACAGCCAUUAAAACAUUACAGGACGAUCACAGUCUCAUAAUUCGCCCCGCGGACAAAGGCGGGGCGAUUGUAUUAAUGAACUAUGAUGACUAUAGGGAAGACAUCCUGACACAAUUGGCAGAUGCAAACACAUACUCCAUGUUAACAAAAGACCCUACAACCAUGUACAAGAAACAGAUAGAUGGCAUUUUGCAGAUGGGUCUACAACAAGGGUAUUUAACAGACAAAUUGUAUGAUUUUUGUGUUACACAAUAUCCUCGAAUACCUAUCUUGUAUACAACUCCAAAAAUACAUAAAACCUUACAUAAACCUCCGGGACGACCCAUAGUGUCAGCAGUACAAUCGCUUACCCAACCGGUUGCGCAGGUGAUCGACAUCCUGUUACAACCAACAGUAAAGGGGGUCAGAUCAUAUAUAGCUGACACCAAUGAUCUGAUAAGGAAAAUGAGGGAUGUGAGUGUGGAGACUGGUGACAUCCUGGUAACCCUGGAUGUCAACAGUCUCUACACAAUCAUCCCCCAUGAUAAGGGCAUGGAUGCAGUAAGAACUCAUUUGACGGAAGGCAGGCUAUAUGAGGGGCCACCAGUUGAAUAUUUACUUACCCUUUUAGAGUACUGCCUCAGCCAUAAUUAUUUUCGAUUUGAUACAAAAUUUUACCUGCAGAUAGCAGGCACGGCGAUGGGGUCGAAUAUGGCCCCAUCCUACGCCAACAUAUUUAUGUUCCAGUUCGAAAAUGAUUAUCUAUGGAACACUGACACAUCGUCGAUAGUGUUUUAUGUGAGAUACAUCGAUGAUGUUUUCUUGAUCUGGCGAGGGGGGCAAAGAACAUUACUCGAUUGGUUUAACUAUCUAAACAACACAGAAACCACUGUGAGAUUUAAAAUUAGCCACAAUGAGAAAGAAAUACAGUUCCUAGAUCUUAAUAUCUACAUACAGGGACACAAAUUGGGAAGUACACUUUAUCACAAGCCAACAGAUAGAAAUUCAAUACUGAGUGCCAACAGCUGCCAUCCGCCCACACUCCUGAGGGGGAUCAUUAAGUCCCAAAUGAUCCGUGUAAUUAGAAAUAAUUCUAACCACUUUGCAGGGGUCUCCCAGCUGCAGGAAAUGAGGGACAAAUUUCUUCAGAGGGGUUAUAAGAAGAGAAUAGUGGAGGAUACCUUAAAUGAGGUCCUAACACUUACACAAGAUAACUUCAUCUACAAAGCAGCAAAAGCUGAAACAGAAAGUAAAUUAAUAAUGGCUACCACCUUUGCCCCAAAUACCACACAAGCGGGCAAAAUAUUGAGGACACAUUGGCUCCUGAUACAAUCAGACACAAGGUUAAAAUUUGCAGAGAGAAUGACACCUAUGAUAGCCUACAGAAGAGGAACCAAUCUACGAGACAUCUUGGUCCGCACAGACCCUAAAAAAAGCUACAUAGGUGCUACACAUAAAAAUAUUAAAGGCUCAUACAAGUGCUUGGGAUGCACUACAUGCAAUGGGUUGAUAUCUACCAAAACGUUUCACCAUCCACAAACGAAUAAAGUGUACACCAUCCAACACUCCAUAUCCUGCAACACGACACAUGUGAUAUACCUGCUCUAUUGUCCGUGCUCUCAAUUCUAUGUUGGAAAAAUGAGUGGAACACUCAGAGAAAGGAUGGCCAAUUACAGGAGAGCGAUCCGAGUAGCACUAAAGGAAGGGGAUUCGGACCAACCGGUGGCGAGACACUGUGCAGUAAAAUCACAUCAAGUAUCGACCAUCAGGUAUAUCCUCAUCGAUCAUAUCCCCCCCCUGGAUAGAGGGGGUGAUUGGAACAAAACCCUAUUGAGGCGUGAAGCAGAGUGGAUGUACAGACUUGGCACCGUAACCCCAGGGGGACUGAUUUCCCCACCGGAUUAUAAAGCGCUCAUAUAGAUUGGAGACACACUACGAGGCAUGGCCAGUGGUAAACCCUAGUAUGCUUUGGUAGUUUGGCGAACUUGCCCCCAGAGGGGGUGAGCUAUCUAACAUACACCAAAAACCUGAGUAGGAGGGAGACACCUAGGUGCCACCCACCACUCAUGAUACAAGUGGUCCACGAAGGCAUAUUGCACUUCUUAUACAUUUUAUCUCCUAUAUCUAUAUAAAAAAAUGAGCUGAAGACGAAACAAGGAGCCAGUAGAGCCACACCAGAAAAAGAUGCAGGAAGAAGGAACUGUUCCCUUCAAUGAAGGAUUACAUAUAAAGGAUAGUGGAUGGUGCACACCAAGAAAGAGAAGAAUCAGUUCUAUAACUUCAUGACAAGAGGGGAAGCAAAAUAACACAAUAACUGUAUAAGAGAUACAAUUUAUACUUAUAUCACCAGGGGCCAAUCCUGCAGUAGUACAUAGUAGCCAAUAUAGUAGUGCAUAAUUGUUAGUAUGUAUACUAGCAUUUUAUCUGUUACUUUUUAUUUUUUUCAUUUUUAAUUUGUGUCAAUAUAUACAUGAUAUAUAUAGUGCAAAGUGGUGUAUGAAAGUUGUAACUAGAUUAGUAUAUGUGGGUCAGAUUAAUAGAAUAGUACUAGUAUGAACACAGUACCUAUACCGAGAAUAAGAACCGAACAUAUGCAUAACAACAUAGCGCCCUAAAAAAUAGUACAACGUAGGAUCCCUACGCCAAAUAGUUCCGGCAGAAGGAUGUUACCAUGACCACCAGAAUAACAAAACACGCAACACAACCAGCGUAGUAAGUACAUUCAUCACAAUAAAAAAAUAGAGACCCGAGCAGUGUUACAAAAGUAAUAAGAGCGGGGUACAAGUAGUGUGUUGUUUAGAGAUAAUUAAUGCAAUAUAAGUGACAAACACAAGUAGGAAAUGAAAACACCGAUAGUGCACUAUAAAUAUUUAUUGAUUUAAGCACCGAGGGGAUGCAAAAGAAUAAUUAGCACAUGUAUAUAGUUAUAAUAUGAAUUUGAGGCAUAACAUUGACACAUAUGAUUUAAAUAAUACAUACAUACUAAAAAGGUGUAUAAUAUUUGACGUAACCUACUGGAUGUAGUAGAAGUAGACAUUUCCGGGUUAGCAAUGGUGGAACGCAAGGUAUGCGGUCCACGAAUAGUUUUUGCUGCACUUUCACUGAUUUAACACAGGUGGGAAUUGUUUGUUGUGUAUACACAUGUGUAUAAAUUUGUUUGCUUUGUCACAUUUUGUCAUGCUGAUGAAGGGGAAAACAUCCCCGAAAACGUUUCAUUAAAGAAAGCUUUGAUUGUUCACUUGAAAAAGGCCUGAGAGUGCAUUUAUUUGCAAGGAAUAUUUGAAGUAUCUUUGCACCCAGGCAGCUGUCCCCAAGGAGGGUAACACAGUAAAGAGGACGGUAUUUAUAUAUAUAUAUAUAUAUAUAUAUAUAUAUAUAUAUAUAUAUAUAUAUAUAUAUACACAUGUAUAUAUGCACUUAUGUGUUUAUAUGUGUAUAUAUGUCUGUAAAUACAUAUAUACACAUAUAAAUACGUGCACAUAUAUAAACAUAUUGUGCACGUUUUUUUGCCUACACUGGAACUGUCAUUCAUGCGCUUUGACCAUAUACAAUUGUAGCGCAACAUUUGGAACUUUUCAUGAUUAAUAAUUUCACAAUUGUGGACUGCAUCAUUACUUAAUGUUUUAUAUUUCCACAUUUUGGCAAGUACAAAAACCUUUUUUGUAAACAUGGGAAUAAACAGCAAUAUUUUGGGACUGCCUAUUAUUGAGAAUUCUAGUAUUGUCUAGAUUUAAACACUGUUUUCAUUACACAUUGGUGUUUAAGGUUCCCAUUAUUUAUAUCUGCUACCAAUUAGCUUUGUUUUUAUAGUUUUUAAUUUUAUCUCUGCAGAUAUAAACAGAGGGCUCCUCUGGUCCAAAGUGCAUAAGCCAUUUAUACAUAUUAUACUUUAGUGCACUUUCCAUAAUGGCAACAAUGAUACCCACAGGGGUUAUAAAUGAAACAAAAAGAAAACGCAUUAUGGAAAAUGCACUAAAAGGUGAUAGCCAAGCACUAGUUCUUGUUAAUCAGGAUGAUAUUACAAAUGUAUUUCGAAAUUAGAAUUGCUAAGGUUUAGGGAAACUAAUCUGUGGUGGGAUAUAGAGUUCUUAGAACUCUAUAUAUCUGAACAUAAGGUACCUAGGGGUUUAAGAAUGAAAAAAUAUCCCUCCUUUGCACUUAAUAACCCCAAAUUUAUGGAGGAAUGGAAUGAUAAUUUAACUAACUGUUCCAUAAUAUGAAUGAAACAACUGUUAUGCCAUAAAAAAGAAGAGAGUGAUUAGGUCCUUAUUGAAAUUAAUAGUGCCAUUGAAACACUUAAACUAUUUGAAACCACUCAGAAAUAUGCAGACUAUACCAAACAGCUUACUUAAACAAUAGAUAAUUUAGAUACAGUAUUAUCUGAAAGGAAGGUACAGAAAUACCAGAGAGAUGUUAAGGAUUAUGAACUUAACAUAGUCUACUCUUGGCAGCAACAUAAGCCUACUAGACAAAAUUGGCCACCUCCUAAGAAAAAUAAGAACAAGAAUAAAAACAAAAAAGGAAAUAGUAAUAAGUCCGAAAAAAAUUAACAUGUCACAUUUUCUAGUAUAGAAUCGGAUUACCAAGACACUAGUGCCCAGUCGAAGGUGAACAGUCACAAAGCCUACCUGAACCUGAUAAAAUCAGUCUAAAUCCUAAUCCUGGUAGAAAAGAAUUAAAAGCUUUAGUGAAACAACCUAAUCAGACAAGUACACCAAAAAGAACACAAGACACAAUAGGAAUGGGACAAGCAGGGUCCACCUUUCAUUACCCCAGCAGGGUCAGAAAAACUGUAAAGAAGUAGCAGUCAUUAAUCUCUCUGACUAUAUCCUGUCCAACACAGAAUGUAAUUUGUUAAAUAAAGGUCUAUCAUAUGCAUCAGCACAUAAUUUUGAUCUUGUGAAUACACUUAUAGAUAUUAAUAGAUUUGUUCGUAAGAUUAUUUUAAAAAAGUACUUAUUACCUACAAAGACGAUUCACAGCGAUGAGGGCAAAAUUUGCCCCCGCCUUUGCCAAUAUUUAUAUGGGGUGGCUAGAAUUCAACAUGAUCUUUUCAGACCCAUUUCCAUAUAAGAAGAAUGUCAUACUAUAUGGUCGCUUCAUAGAUGACAUCAUUGUCAUCUGGGACACCAGAGUAGAUUGCACUGCUGACAAAUUUAUAGACUUUAUGAAUAAUAAUGAAUAUAAUUUGACAUUUACAGCACAGACACAUAACCAAACUAAUGAUUUUUUAGAUCUGAGCCUAAGAGCCGUAGGUAAUAGAAUCUCCACAUGUACUUAUCGCAAACCUUUGGCCAGAAAUACAAUAUUGAGAGCUGACUCCAGUCAUCUCAAUCAUCUAAAAAGAGGUAUUCUGAAAGCCCAAUAUUUACGCCUAAGGAUGAAUUGUACAGAACUAACAGAGUAUUAUUCCCAAGCCAGAGAGCUAACUAAUAGAUUAAUAGAUAGAGGCUAUUGAAGAAAUUUGCUAUUUAAAAUAGAAAAACAAGUGGCAGAUUUAAAUAGACAAGAUCUGCUUAAAGGAGGAUGUAACUCUGAUAAGUCUCUAAUAACAGAAAAGUCUGUCUUACCUGGUCAAAAUCUUUUGCUCAUCACACAAUUUAGCAGACAAUACAAUCAAAUCUGUAAUAUAGUAAAAAAUUGACAAUUUUAAAAGGAGAUGAGGCCCUUAAUAACAUCCGAACAUCAGGAGUUAAGUGUAUAGCACGAAAAGCUCCCACUAUAAGAGAUAUAACUGGUAAACAGUUCACAGAUAAAGAAGUAGUAGGCUCGCAUUGGCUUAGCCUAAAACCGGGAUGUUUCAAAUGUGGCCAUGUACCAUGCAAAGGAUGCACUUGUAUCACUGUGACAGAUACUUUUUCUUCAAAAGUUACCAAUUAAGUAUUUCAUAUUAGUGAUAGGAUCGACUGUAAUUCCCAUUACGUCAUCUAUCUCAUUAAUUGUUUAUUCUGUUCCUGCCAAUACAUAGGUAUCACUACCCGCCCACUAAAAGAAAGAAUCUGCGAGCACUUGCGCUCUCUGGAUGAUAAGGAACCAAAAACGCCGGUAGAUAAACACUUUAGAUUACAUGGUAUGGGACCAAAAUACUUUUCAUUUAUAGGUAUUGAUAUAAUUAAAAUACACCCCAGGGGUGGUGAUAGGAAAAAAAGUCUGAGAAAAAAAGAAAAAAAAGAAAUAUUUUGGAUUGUAAAGUUGCAUACUAGAGCUCCAGAAGGGAUCAACAAAAGGAUGGAUGUUGAUUUAUUUGUUGAAUAAUUCAUUUUCUUUCCGGAACUGCUAAAGUUACCUUCCAUUUUUCCUCAUACUAUAGUCUUGCACCUAAGUGCCUUCUAAUCCUUUGAAUCUUACCUAAUAAUGCAGAUUAUAAAAUAAUAUAGUACAUCCUCAAUCAAUCAGGUGUUUUUUGAUAUAUAUUUUCUUUUUACAUGUAUAUAAUAUUCAUUUUAUUUGCCUAAUCUUAUUUGCUUUUAUACAUAUUAUCAUAUUGUUUUACCCUUUGUUAAUAUAGCAAUUUUUCCUUUUCAUAUGUAGACUGGUGGUUUUUAUAUAUAUAUAUAUAUAUACUUUCAUUAUAUUAUUAGGGCCACAUAUAUUGCCAUUUAUUUGCUUAGCCCUUUAUGUAAAAAUCACCUGUCUCCUCUAAGCUAUAAACAUAUGUUUUUAUUUCUCAGCUUUCUAAUAUGUAAUUGGUAUUAUUUUAGAUUUUUUAUUUUAUUUCAUUUUUGUAUUUCCUUAUUUUAUGCUUAGAAUUAUGUAUUGUUAUGAUAUAUGUUUUGGAAUAUAUAGAAAAUUGUACUAGUAUUAUGUAUAUAAAUGUCUUUUAUGUCUUUGUAUACAUAUAGAAGUUUAUAAAAUAGGAUGAAUGACUCAUUUGCAACAAAUUACCCUGCCACUUAAUCUACAGGUGUAGAUAAGGGUUUUGACUGAACAAGGCCUUGAUUGGCUCUUUUGUUGCAUUUAAGUUCACUCACACCUUGAACUCAUCACCUCUGAUGAAGCGCAUGUACGCAUGCGCAAAACGCGUCAGGUGUUAAUGCUUUGCUCUCACCUUUUGUACUAGGACCUUUGCUCAAUAAAUCUUUUUUGAACCA